UAACUCCCUUUCACCACUUAAGCAGUGGCUAGGCACCACACGCUGUUGAUGCUGACUCCAGAGCUCGAAUGGAGCAUCCUUUUUCUAGUCGAUGCUUGGGCUGUGAAACCGAGUGCUCUUGUGCCCUGUACCCCGUUCCAUUGGAUAACCGGACCAUUAACUGACCUGCUACGGAAGGGCACUUUGUUUGAGUGGGGGAAGAGACAGCAGACGGCUUUCGAUGAACUGCGAAAUUUUCUGACGUCGCCCCCGGUCCUCCGAAUCGCCGACCCAUCUCGACCGUUCGAAGUCUUGACAGACGCUAGCGAUUUCGCCAUCGGUGCGAUACUGUUACAAGAUUUCGGCGACGGACUCCAACCCAUCGCGUAUGAGUCUAGGAAGUUGCAGGCAGCUGAGCGCAACUACCCCGUCCACGACAAAGAAAUGCUCGCCAUCGUGCACGCAUUCAAGGUGUGGCGAUGCUACCUGACGGGAGCCGACGUGACAGUACGGACAGACCAUAAAUCCCUACAGUACCUCCGCGCGCAGCCGAAUCUAAAUCCACGGCAGAUUCGCUGGCUGGACUUCCUCGAAAGCAACUUCCACUGCACCAUCACGUACAAACGUGGAGCGAAUAACAUCGCUGACGCACUGACAAGACCAUCCGCCCACCUCGCCUCCAUCAUCUCUCUUCUGCACAAACCAGCGAACCAACCCUACACAACAAGCUAUCGUGACCUGCUCGGACAACCGCUCACACAAGAAAGUAAUCCCGCUUCGCGCUCAACCAUGGCUGCGCCCUCCACUCGCGUUCAGGCUGCUGUGGUUCUGACCCUCCUCCUGUCAGCACUGGUCACUCCACCUGCUUCUGCUCUCAGGCUGGGGAUGAGAGCUCAAGUUCUGGCGUCCAUCAGCGGACCUCUUGUGUUGUGUGGCACGGGUGAGAUGGAGGGAACAGCCCAGCUGCAACUCGUGAGAAGGGGCAUGGCUGUCUUCCUCGCCUACAAUCUCAACACGCAUGCCUCCACUCGGCCCUCAUCCAAGCCCAAGCUCCUCACAGCCAACCCCUGCCCCUCCUCCUCCUCCUCCUCUGCCUCUUCCACUGCCACCACCGCCUCGCUCUCCCUCGACCCGUCUCUCUCUACCAAUCUUGGCACCUCUCUCUCUACCAAUAUGCUAAACACCACCGCCAACGCCGGCGCUGGUGCCUCGGCCACUCUGCUCAACACCUCGGCUGGUGUUGGCGCUGGUGUGGGCGUCUCUCUCCCCACCGGGACUGUCGCUGGUGUGGGCUCUCUCUCUGCCUCCACUGGCCUGAUGAACACAUCCGCUGGUGUUGGCGCUGGUGUUGGUGUCUCUCUCCCCAACGGCACCGUGUCUGCUAAGGGAGAUCUCUCUGCUUCCACCGGCCUCAUGAACACUUCUGCUGGUGUUGGGACCAGCGUUGGCGUCUCUCUUCCCAACGGCACCGUCGCAGCAGCAGGCGGUGUCUCUGCCUCCACGGGUCUCCUCAACACAUCGGCCGGCGUGGGAGCAGGAGUGGGCGUGUCUCUCCCCAACGGCACUCUCUCUGGCUCUGCCUCCCUUGGAGCCUCCUCCCCUCUCCUCAACACCUCAGCUGGCGUCGGCGCUGGGGUCAACGCAGGCUCGGGAGGCGUCCAGGCCAACCUCGGAGCCUCGGCGGGCCUUGGAGGCUCCGUCUCCGGCCUCAUCUCUGGCGUGGGAGGGGCUGUGGGCAACCUCGUAGGCUCGGUGGGGAACAUGGCAGGCUCAGCGGGGAACAUGGCAGGCUCGAUGGUAGGCUCGGUGGGGAACAUGGCAGGCUCGAUGGUAGGCUCGGUGGGGAACAUGGCAGGCUCGAUGGUAGGCUCGGUGGGGAACAUGGCAGGCUCGAUGGUAGGCUCGGUGGGGAACAUGGCAGGCUCUGUCUUCGUCUCUCUCUCCCCCAUGGCGGUGCUUAACGGUGGGUGGGUUGCCACCAGUGCUGGCACAUUUGCCAUGGUGGGCCGGACUCGGGUGUCUGCAGCUGUGGCAUCGGCCAUGGUGGCCCGCAUUUCCACCAACAUGCCUCUCUUCCUGGAAGUCCAGGUGGGCAUGCACCAGAGGCUGGUGGCGAAUAUGAAGUAGGGAGGGCAGCAGCAGGAGGGGCCAGAGAGGCGAGGGGGGGCGGGAGGGCAGUGACAUUGACUGGGAUCAACUGGCAGGUUGGUGAGGUGAUGAGGGUUUUGUGAUAUUGAGUUUUGCCAGUGAGAUUCGAGGAAAGUGAGUGGCGUAGCAGUGGUUGCGGCUGAACGGAAAAGUGUUGGGUAGCAGAUGCGAAGGAUGGUCCAUGGUGGUGCUGAGAUAUCACUCGGAAGAGGGGUCAGCUGAGGGGUCAGCUGAAGGGUGAGCUGAGGGGUGUUAGGAGGGAGCGAGUGUGGUAGUGGGGACAGUGAGAGACAGGCUGGUGGGAGGAAAGGGAAUGCGAUGGGGGGUAAUGCGAGGGAAGGCAACAGAGAGAAUGUUGGAGCGGGGCAGAUGAAGCUGCAAUGGCAGAUGGCAGAUGGCAUGUGAUGGACGAACCUGCAGGGUACCGAUGACUCCCUUUCACCACUUGAGCAGUGGCUAGGCACCACACGCUGUUGAUGCUGACGCCAGAGCUGGAAUGGAGCAUCCUUUUUCUAGUCGAUGCUUGGGCUGUGAAACCGAGACACCGACCUAGCCUUUGUGCUCUUGUGCCCUGUAACCCGUUCCAUUGUGAAUAAAACCUC